UGUUUAUCGGCCGCUUUGCAUAUCACGUGGGCCGGGCCGGGCCAAUGGGCCGCCUCCUGGCGCGACCCUGGCGCGUCAGCCCCUUUGGUCAACUCGGGGAGAUUUAGUCUCAUCUCUUUUUUCAGUCUGUGGGGCUUUUAAAAAAGAGCCACGCGUUGUUUUCUCGAUGCGGAUCGGGCUAUGACAGCCUCCGUGCUCCUCCAUCCCCGCUGGAUCGAGCCCGUCAUGUUCCUCUACGACAACAGCAGCCUGGAGGAGAUCAACAAGAACAUGGAAGCCGGCUUCCACGCGGCGGUGGCGGCGGCGGCGGCGGCGGCCGGGGGCGGCGGGGGAUCCAACUUCGUGGCCGCCAACCAGUGCCGCAACCUGAUGGGACACCCGGCCUCCCUGGCCGCCGCCGCCGCAGGAGGAGCGGGCCCUGGCCCGGCGGCGUACUCCUCCCCCAGCGAGGCGCCUUCCGCUGUGGCCGUGGGGCCUCCGGCGGUCAUGGCCGAGCCCGGCCCGGCUGUCAAGCAGUGCAGCCCCUGCUCCGCCGCCGUGCAGAGCCCCCCGGGCCCCGCCGCCCUGCCUUACGGCUACUUCGGCAGCGGGUACUUCCCCUGCGGCAUGAACCACCACCCGCACAACGCGCCCCCGCCUCCCCCGCCGCCUCCGCUCAAGUCCUGCGCCCAGCCCUCCGCCGCCUUCGCCGACAAGUACAUGGACACCUCCUCCGUCGCCGCCGCCGCCGCUGCCGCCGCCGCCGCCGGGGAAGACUUCAGCUCCCGCGCCAAGGAGUUCGCCUUCUACCAGGGCUACCCGGCCGGGCCCUACCACCAGCCCGUGCCCGGCUACCUGGAUAUGCCCGUCGUGCCCGGCCUGGGUGGACGAGGGGAGCCCCGCCACGACUCCAUGCUCAUGGAGGGCUACCACCAGCCCUGGGCCAUCGCCAACGGCUGGAACGGGCAGGUCUACUGCCCCAAGGAGCAGAACCAGCCGCCCCACCUCUGGAAGUCGACUCUUCCCGACGUGGUUUCCCAUCCUUCCGAUGCCAACUCCUACAGACGUGGGAGGAAGAAACGCGUGCCUUACACCAAGGUCCAGUUAAAAGAACUCGAAAGGGAAUACGCUACAAAUAAAUUCAUUACCAAGGACAAGCGGAGAAGGAUAUCAGCCACUACAAACCUCUCAGAGAGGCAAGUCACAAUCUGGUUCCAAAACAGGAGGGUGAAAGAAAAAAAAGUCAUCAACAAAUUGAAGACGACCAGUUAAUGGAUUAAGUAGAAAAUGCAGCUGCCCGGAGGCCUGAAAACUUUUUUCUUUGGUCCAGAUUCAAAUGAUAAUAAUAAUAGUAAUUAUAAUAAUAAUAAUUAAAAAAGACAAGAGGAUGAACUUCUUCUUUUGCAAGAACUCUGUGUCUUUGGGGAAAUGGCUUUUGAAUCAGAAUGGGUCAUAAAAUUGCUGUAGAGAGACUUGACAGUUCGCCCACAAGAUACCAACAAGAGACAAUUGUCAUGACUGAAACAGAGUCCAAAUGCCCAAAGCAGAGAUAUUUCAGUUUCAGAUUUGAAAGAAAAAUAUACUUUUUUGUUGAAAGGCGUGUAAGUAUGACUAUGACUUUUCUAGGACACUAUUUAGGACUAUAAUUUGAUUUUUUUUCUUCAAAAACGCAUAUGUAUAUAUGUGCACAAUUCAAUUCCUUACAUUGCUGUCCCCAAAAGCAUGCGGAAUGGUUGCUCAGGUGAACAUAAGUGAAGAGAAAGUACAAUUACUGUAUGUUCAAGCAAUGUAUUCUAUGUUUUCUUUCUGUCUUUUCCCCCCCUGAGGAAGGUACUGCAUAAGCAUUGCAAACAUAGCAGUGAAAAUAUUACUCUGAGGAGAACUAAUCUUGGAUAAAACAUAAAGCAACAUAAACUAAUGGGGACAUAUACCAAAAAAGAGGGAGGGGCCUUUCUUGAAAAUAUCUUUAUUUUUUUCCAGUAUUUCAUAUUUUUGAUACAAAAACUUAGUGGGGCAAUGUGUAUUUCAGAAAUUUGGGGAGAGUUUUGCUCCAGCUUUUCAAUAUUCGUGAUGUUAAGCAAUUAUAACAUGGUGUAAAUCCCACAAAUUCUUAUUUUAAUCAAUGUGCACCUCCAAUAGAGAGAAGUGCAUGAAUCUUGGGAAGAGUGCUCUCUUUUCUGUGAGAAACACUCUCAAAGAAUAUCCAUCCUGAAAAUGUAUUUUGCUUCCCAGAGAUAUUUUGAUUUCUAUAUCCUAUAUUUUGAUCUAUGAGUAAUUAGUCAUUUUUUUCCUUCUUUAUUUUACAGUUAUGCUGUAGAAAGUGUAGGAAUCCAAUGUAUUCCCGAAGGCUUUCAUGGCCAGAAUCAGUGCGUUGUUGUAUGUUUUUUGAGCUGUAUGGCCAUGUUCCAGAAGCAUCCUCUCCUGACCUUUCACCUGCAUCUAUGGCAGGCAUCCUCAGAGGUUGUGAGCUCAUCACAACCUCUGAAGAUUCCUGCCAUAGAUGCAGGUGAAACUUCAGGAGAUAAUGCUUCUGGAACAUGGCCAUACAGUCUGGAAAACUCACAACAACCCACUGUAGGAAUCCAUUUUGCAGCACUUUCCCCCCAAAACCAGAUCAGUUACUUCAACCAGCACAGUACUUUUUCCUAUACACCAUAAGAUGCUAUCUUGUAAAUAUAAUACAGUAAUAAUAAUAAAAAAUCAGCGCACUGUGAAAAUGUAUUUGUGCACCCUCCUUUUUAUAUAUAUUUUUACUGAAAAUGAAAAUUUAAGUGCUGUAGAUAGAUGCUAGAGUUAAAAUUGUUAAUAAAACAGUCACUGUGAUAAAAA